CCGGCUGCACCUGGCGGCUCUCGGUUCCAGCCCCGACGCGGCGCCGCGCGGGGAGCCACCGGGCUACUGGGCCCCGGGGAGCAGCGGCGCAGGAGCCGGCAGCCGCCACGGGAGGGGCUCUGAGGGCGGCCGGGGAGAUCCAAGGCGAGCGGAGCUGCCAUGGCCGAAUUCCCGUCCAAAGUGAGCACGAGAACCAGCAGCCCCGCACAGGGCGCGGGCGCCUCGGUCUCCGCGCUGCGCCCCGACCGGGCCUUCCUGCGCUCCAGCUUCGGGGUGCUCAUGCUGCUGCAGCUGGUGCUGGGACUGCUGGUGUGGGCCCUGAUCGCAGACACCCCCUACCAUCUGUACCCGGCCUAUGGCUGGGUGAUGUUCGUUGCUGUCUUCCUUUGGCUGGUAACAAUCAUCUUCUUCAUCCUCUACCUGUUUCAGCUGCACAUGAAGCUGUACAUGGUGCCCUGGCCACUGGUGUUAAUGGUAUUUAAUGUGAGUGCCACUGUUCUCUAUGUCACGGCUUUCAUCGCCUGCUCUGCUGCCGUUGAGCUGACAUCCCUGAAGGGUUCCCGGCCCUACAACCAGCGAGCUGCUGCCUCUUUCUUUUCAUGUUUAGUGAUGAUCGCCUAUGGAGUGAGUGCGUUCUUCAGCUUCCAGGCCUGGCGAGGAGUGGGCAGCAAUGCAGCCACCAGUCAGAUGGCUGGGGGCUAUGCCUAAACCAAGUGUGUUACAAGACCCACCUUGGGGCUCAGCACUGAGCUGAGUUACAGUGCAGGGUGCUCUUACAAGCCUGUGGCCCAAGCCUUUUGUGGAAUAAUUCUGGAAGGGUCACCACUUGUUCAUCUCUGCUUGUCAGACUCAAGCUCACCCAACACUCCUAAAGAAGAAACAGGUCUGAUCCUGGGGUUUGGCUCAAGUCCAGCAGGUCUAUGGACUGGAAGAGGCCAGCAGCUGAGACCUUGUCCCCAACCCCCUUAUUCAGCAGAAGGUGACGGGGGAUAUGGGGUUUGCUCUCUGCUUUGCUUGAAGAGGGCUUCUCUGUCCCAGCUGGGAUCCAGCCCACUUACCAUCACUAAAUGCACUAACAAAGACUCCAGCACAAAAUUCUGGCCCAUUCUAGAAUAUGCCUAACAAGCAAUGUGUAUUUAUCUUAGUCUUUGUUCGGGGAAUGCGGAAAAGCUCAUGAAAGUGAUCUGAUUCCUUAAAGCCCAAAUCCAACUCAACCCUCCCCUAAGUCAACACAUCGCCUGUAGAGGACAGCUGUAGAAAGAGGCCUCUGAUUUCUUACAGAAGGGGCUUUCUUUCUGGAUUUUCAAACAUAGCAGUUAUUUAAAGACAGAAUGAUCCUGAUGUCCCUCCCUUUCCCAAGUCUUUGUAAUACUCCCUUUGGGAAAGGCCAACACCCAUGCCAACUGCUUCCUGAUCCUGUUGAUUAGACACAAGGGACAAAGGAGGGAGGGAAUAUGGUUUUGCCUGGUGAAGUGUCAUGUGCCUGGGUGGUAACUUUAAAAAAUAAUAAUAAUAAUAAAGAUGCAAGAACUUA